UCCCGGGACCACAGGCCCAGCUGCAGGGUGGCUGGAGGGAAGUGAGAGGUGAACCCAGCCCGGGGCCUAGCUGGGUGAGACCCGCCGCCCGCGGCUCCCGUGGACUGCUGGCCGCCAUGGCUGUGGCCCAGCAGCUGCGGGCUGAGAGUGACUUCGAACAGCUUCCUGAUGACAUUCCCAUCUCAGCCAACAUCGCCGACAUUGAAGAGAAGAAAGGCUUCACCAGUCACUUUGUUUUUGUCAUCGAGGUGAAGACGAAAGGGGGAACCAAGUACCUCAUCUACCGCCGCUACCGCCAGUUCUAUGCCUUGCAGACCAAGCUGGAGGAGCGGUUUAGGCCAGAGAACAAGGCCAGUCCCUUGGCCUGCAACCUCCCCACCCUCCCAGCCAAGGUCUACAUGGGUGUGAAGCAGGAGAUUGCAGAGUCGCGGAUCCCAGCCCUCAACGCCUACAUGAAGAAACUUCUCAGCCUGCCUGUCUGGGUGCUGAUGGAUGAGGAUGUCCGGAUCUUCUUUUACCAGUCGCCCUACGACUCGGAGCAGGUGCCCCAGGCGCUCCGCCGGCUCCGCCCGCGCACCCGGAAAGUCAAGAGCGUCUCCCCACAAGGCCCCGGCUUUGACCGCCUGGAAGCUCCACGGGCAGAGGCCUUGUUUGACUUCACUGGGAACAGCAAACUGGAGCUGAGUUUCAAAACUGGGGAUGUGAUCUUCCUUCUCAGUCGGAUCAACAAAGACUGGCUGGAGGGCACUGUUCGGGGAGCCACCGGCAUCUUCCCGCUCUCCUUUGUGAAGAUCCUCAAGGACUUUUCUGAGGAAGAUGACCCCACCAACUGGCUGCGCUGCUACUACUACGAAGACACCAUCAGCACCAUCAAGGACAUCGCCGUGGAAGAAGACCUCAGCAGCACCCCGCUGUUCAAAGACCUGCUGGGACUCAUGAGGCGGGAGUUCCAGAAGGAAGACAUCGCCCUAAAUUACCGGGAUGCGGAGGGGGACCUGAUUCGGCUGCUCUCGGACGAGGACGUCCGGCUCAUGGUGCGGCAGGCCCGAGGCCUCCCCUCCCAGAAGCGCCUCUUCCCCUGGAAGCUGCACGUCACCCAGAGGGACGACUACAAGGUCUACAACACAGUCCCCUGAGCCGAGGGCAGUGAGGGGCCGCCUGGCAAAGAGGAGAUGCGGACCAGGAAGGGCCGGGAGCCGGACGGACAUCCUGGUCUGUGGCUCAUGGACACAUCGGGCUUGGCUUGUACUCUCUCUGUUUCUACACUUAUCUCUGAAUUAAAGAAAUCAUUUCACAUUUAAGGACAA